AUGUCUUCACCACAUACUGCUACCAUUGGAGCAAUUGCUCUUUCUGGUAUAACUGUUUUAUUAUGCCUUUAUGGUAUAAUGACAAUUCAAUCUUCUGUUAAUUUGAUGUGGAGUGAAAUUGAUACUGAAAUGGAUGCUUUCCGUGUAUCUACUGGAGAUUUAUGGAAUGAUAUGGUUAAACUUGGUGCUGGAACCCCAUCAAACAGAGUUAGAAGACAAUCAUAUGGAGGUUAUGGUGCUUCAGGAGUUGCUCCACCAGCUCCAAAUGGAUAUGGUAGUGGAUAUGGAGCCACUCCAUUAACACCAGGAGGACCAUCUAGACCUGGAGCCGGAUUUCCAGGAGGACCACAAUUCCCAGGUGGUCCAACUAUUCCUGGAGGACCAACAAUUCCAGGAGGAGCAGGACAACCACCAGUUGGUGUACCACCAUCAAGUAAACAAAAUGAAAUUCCAGGAGCUUUCUCUCCAUUUGGACCUUCAGGAGGUCAUGCUGGAGCUGGACCAAUAUGUCAAUGUUCUCUUGAAAAUAAAUGCCCACCUGGACCACCAGGACCAAAAGGAGAAACUGGAAAAGAUGGUCUUGAUGGAUUACCAGGUAAGAAUGGACUUCCAGGACAAGAUGCUGAAGACGUUGAUCAACAACCACCAGAGGGAUGCUUUAAUUGUCCAAUGGGACCACCAGGCCCACCAGGACCACCAGGAUCACAAGGAAUACGUGGAUCACGUGGAGCAAGAGGAAAUCCAGGUAUUCCAGGCGUUAAUGGACAACCAGGACCACCAGGUGAAAUUGGACCAAUUGGAGCACCAGGACAAGAUGGUAAAGCAGGACCACCAGGAGAUAAAGGAAAAGAUGGUGAAAGAUUUAUUUCUAGAAAAGGGCCACGUGGAUUACAAGGUGAAAUGGGACGUGAAGGACCACAAGGAGAUAGAGGUCUUGAUGGUGCUCCAGGUACACCAGGACCACAAGGACCACCAGGAAUUCCAGGUUUCACUGGACCAGCAGGACCUGAUGGCCCAGAUGGACCACAAGGCCCACCAGGAAAUCCAGGAAACGAUGCAAAUUACUGCAAAUGUCCACCAAGAGAUGGUAAAGUUGGAGGACUUAAGGGAUCAGCUUCAACACAAGGUGGAGGUUACAAACAUCGUGUACGCAUCUAA